AGCAGUUUCCUGUGGUGGGCAUGAGUAUCAGUCGUGGUCUCAGUAGUGUGCUGCAGCCGUCCAUGGAUUUUACUCACAGAUAUAAACAGGUGGAUGUGUACAAAAAUCGUACGCAUCUUAGGAACACUAUUUAGGAUGUAAUUGAUGAACUUGUUGGUGUUGCUUUAGCCAGGUUUGUCUAUCUCUCCACCCUGAGGAUGGAAGGUGGUCCGAGCCCUCGGAAGACCUUUGUGUCAACUUUUCAUCUGGUGCUUAAGCCAUCUGCCCCCAAGUUUGUAGAAAGGGGAGCACAGCUUGAUGUUCCGGGGAACAGCAAGCUGGAAAACGCAUCUAAAGGAAACAAACAGACCCCUACGCAUCCUCUUAAGGAUUCUCAUGUUAAAGAACCUCUGAGGAAUUGCAAAGUUGAAGCCGGAAGUGAUGACACAAAUAAUGGCAUUAUCGCAGGAAGUCAGCCUCUCAGUGUUUCCUUGUUACAUAACGGUCCUCCAGUGGAGUUCCAGGGCUCCCAAGAGCAGAUGGAGGUUAGGGUUGGGAAGCCUGCCAGACUCCACUGUGUCUUUAGCAGUCUCUGUCUUCCUGUGGUGUCCUGCUGGGUCCACAACAGAGAAAAGGUGCUUGUAAAUGGACCACGGACCAAUGUAAAGAGUCGUGAGACGGAGAGCUGUGUGGAGAUAUCCCAGACUUGUUCAGAUGAUGCCGGCUCCUACACCCUAGUGGUGAGGAACCGAAGGGGCUGUGCUUAUCACACAGUCGUUCUCAGUGUCAUAGACCGCCCCCAUCGCCCAGCCUCCAGCCCCGUCAUCUCCCAACUCUCCUCCAAGUCUUUGGUCCUCUCCUGGACUGGGCCUAGCUAUGACGGCGGAAGCGCCAUCACUGGUUACAUAGUAGAAGUCAGACAAGAGGUUCCUGACAAGCCUGGGGACUGGACUGAACUGACCACCCACUGUAUGAACACCUCGUAUCGGGUACGCUCAGGCCUGGAGCCUCUGGGGCAGUAUCGCUUCAGGGUGAGGGCCUCCAACUCUGUGGGGACCAGUGAGCCGAGUAACAUGUCCGACUGCGUCAAGAUGGACACUAAAGGAGAAAAGAAAGAAGAACAUGAAUCUUACGUCACUUUUACCAUUGACACCAAAAACAAAGUAAAAGACCAUUACAACAUACAUGAGAAGCUGGGGGUGGGCAAGUAUGGACAGGUGUUCCGUCUGGUUCACAAGGAGACAGGUCAGGUGCAUGCUGGGAAAUUUUACAAAGGACGCAGUUCCAAGGAAAAAGCUGCAGCACUCCGAGAAAUUGAGCUUAUGAACUGUCUCCACCACCCCAAACUGGUCCAGAGCCUGGGGGCUUACCAUACCCAUUCUGAGAUUGUCAUGGUGUUGGAGUACAUCGCCGGCGGGGAGCUGUUUGAACGCAUUGUGGACGAAAACUACGAACACAAUGAGCCCACAUGUGCUCGCUACAUGCAGCAGCUCCUGGAGGGUAUCCAGUAUGUUCACAAGCAGAAUAUCAUCCAUCUGGACCUUAAGCCUGAGAACAUCGUGUGUGUGGACACCACUGGAACCCGUAUCAAGAUCAUUGAUUUUGGCUUGGCCCAUAGACUAGAUCCUGCUGUUCCACUGAUGUUGUUGCAUGGAACCCCAGAGUUUGUGGCCCCUGAGGUCAUCAAUUAUGAACCAGUCGGCCUGAAAACAGACAUGUGGAGCAUUGGAGUCAUUUGCUUUGUCUUGUUGAGUGGUGAGUCCCCAUUCCAGGGUAACAGUGAUGCAGAGACCUUGGCUCUAGUGACGGCUGCUUGCUACAAGUUUGACGAAGACAGUUUUGAGGACAUCUCUGACCAGGCUAAAGACUUCAUUGGCUCCCUUCUCAAGAAGGACAUAAGAUGUCGGCUGUCAUGUGAUGAGGCUCUGGCCCACCCUUGGUUGGUUUCCUUCACCUCCAUGAUCCGCCGACCCACCAAGUCCCUCAGAAAAGACAAGAUGAAACACUUCCUGGCCAGGCGCAAAUGGAGGAAAACAGGUAAAGCUGUUCUGGCACUACAACGUAUGGGCAACCUCUCCAGCAAGCCAUAUCCUCCAUGCAGCUCUGGGGAGGAACCUGCUGGGGCCCCCGAAGCAAAGCUGGCAAUCCAGUCUUUGGAGAAGAAGCUAGAGAGUGCGCCUUACUUUGACAAGGUCCUAAAGGACAUCACCUUACCCAGUGGUGCCACUGCCCGCCUGACCAGCCACAUUCAGGGUCACCCAGAACCAAAGGUAGAAUGGCUCCACGAUGGAAUCCCUGUUGAGCAGUCUGCCAGGGUCACUGUUGAGUACGAAAAGGAUGGCCUGUGUGUGUUGGUCCUGACUGGCCUGGUUCCUGCCGACUCUGGAGUUUACGAGUGCAGAGCCACCAAUGACCGAGGAAGGGCGCUGUCUACAGCCAAAUUAACUGUUGAGCUCUGAACAACAAAUGCUGUGAAAAGACUUAACCAGAGAGGGAGAUUGGGUAUGGUCUCAACUGUUGAUCCACACUAAAUGUUUCUUAAGGUG